GCGCGCUUGGAGUCAGUCAGUGUCAGGGGCUUUGAGGGGUCACAGCUGACCACUCUGCAUGCACUUACACACUCAACUCUUGUGUUAUGCAUCAUUUUAAGCAAACAGAGCCAGGGAAAAUACUUUUACGCAGUGUUUCCCUCUCUGGUCAUCGUGUCUCGUCCGCGGGUGGCGGUUAUUUGUUGUGUUUGGUGUUUUAGAGUGAAUGGUGAGGAUUACCGGAGCGCUCCAGAAAUCAGCGGCGUUUUUUGAGUUUCACGUCCGGGAUGGCCUCAUCGCGCCAGGACUACAUUGCACCAUGGUGGACCUACUGGCUGCACAAUUUCCCGCAUCUUAAUUUUAAUUUCCAGACGGUUGAUAGCACGUUUAAACCGGAUGACACUAGCUAUCAGCAGUCUCUGAUCUUCCUGGCCUGUGUGUCUGCCGUGGGUCUGGGUUUGAGUCUGCUGAUGCUGUCCGUAUAUCUUUCCUGCCUGUUUUGCUGUCGAAGGGAAGAGGAUGAGGAAGUCAAAAGACCCGACACCUGCUGUGUCACAUGGGCUGCUGUUAUUACCGGUCUGGUCAUAUGUUCAGCGGUGGGCGUGGGUUUCUAUGGAAACAGCGAAACCAACGAUGGCGUUUACCAGUUGACUUACUCCAUCUCCAAUGCCAAUCACACACUGGGUAGCAUUGGCAGUCUGGUGGGAAACUCACUGGGUAGUAUGCAGGUCGGGCUGAAAGAACACCUGGAGCGGUUGGAUGAGAUAUUUUCUCCGCGGGGAGACUACACCCAAACCUUGCGCUUCAUGCAGCAGAUGGCCAACAACAUUAUCCAGCAGAUGACAGCCAUGCCAGACACCGGGAAGGUGCAAGUGGAUUUGGCAGCCAUCGCAGAUAAAACUUCAUUCAUAGAGUACUACAGAUGGUUAACAUACCUGCUUCUUCUGAUUUUGGACCUAGUCAUCUGUCUCAUAGCAUGUCUGGGAUUGGCAAAGCAGUCUCGAUGGAUGCUCACAGUUAUUAUGGUGUGUGGUGUACUGACCCUGAUCAUGAGUUGGGCAUCAUUAGGAGCGGGCACAGCAACAGCUGUGGUAAGUUACUGUGUUUUCACAUGAGUGCGUACUUUAAACCCCCUUUGAUCAGUGUCCAGUGACUAUGAGUCACUUCAUUCACUAACACUGUCCUAGAUUUUUUUUUUUUUUUUUUUAAAGUGAAUGUUUGUAAGGGUAGAGGUUGCGUGAGCUGUGCUAAACUCUUAGGAGAUUAUCAGGGUUCAGUGACUGCGUUUCUGCAUCUCGUGGUGCAUGCCAGUUUGAAAAGCUGAUUAUAAAGCUCUGGUCAUUUAAAUUAGACAGUCCACUGGCUCAACGGAUGUAAACAGCCAUUCUCUCUAUCACUUAACAGGCCAAUUUAUCUAAGGUCUCGCCUCGCUCUUCAUCUCUGCAUCUCUCAGGCUGCAUG